AUGGACCUCUCAAGAGAAGAUGAGUAUUUCGAGUGGGUGGACCGGACAGAUUUGGUGGAUGCUGCGCCGCGAAUAAUUCGACAACCCGAGGUGUCAGCACUGAGAGUGAUUUGCAUGGACGAUUCUGAUGAUGAUGAAAUCGAAUUCCCAACAUACGACGAUAUAAAAUGGAACAACGAUAACGAGGAUCAGGUUCCAAAGGAGGAAUAUGACGCCCAAGUUGAAUACUACCUUCAAUCUCCCUCGCUACAUCCUACAUAUCUCGAAGACGACAUAUCUUUAUGCAGUACUCCAACAUUACUCUCUCCCUCAGAUCAAUCACCAGCAUCCGGGCUUUCAGAUCUCUCAGAAGCUUGUGAACCUUGUGAUAUCACCGAAACUGUGGAUGAUAUAGCUGUUCGAACCAAACCGUCACAUCAUGUAGAUUAUCUCGCACACGAUUGGCCAGAGGAGGAUCUGUGGGCAUCCUGGAAGUACAUUCAAUUAAAUCGUUCCACAUACGACAAUAGCAGAAGAUUAGAGAACGCGUCCUGGAGAUGUUGGGCGAAAAAGAGAAUGAAUCUGAAGACAAUUGCACCUGAAUCUGUUGACUGGGAAAAGGACUGUGAUACAACAUGGUUAUAUGGUCCACUGCACAAGCAAGAUUCCUCAAGCUUCCCAGAUAUGACAGCUUCGAUCGACUCGGGUUUUCAGUCAAAAUCGACGAGGUUUAUAUCAUAUGCGGACGUGGAUGUGAAACCUAUCCUUAAACAGCGAAGAAUAUGCGAUAUAUUGCUGAAGCGCCAAUCAUCGGUAUUAUCAGUUUCGAUGGAAUCUUCGUUACCUUCCCUUUCAUCUGGCAGAUCAUCCCCUUCAUCGACCUCGUCAAGAAAAUGUGUUCGCUUCCACGAUGAAGUCGAACAAUUCAUCGCAGUAAAUACUUCAUAUGAGGGCGAAGGUGUAACUAGUUAUGCGACAGACGAGUCUGCCGUGGAAGACGAUGUAUAUGGGUCGUCCACCAUUAUUCAUGUUCAACCACCUUCGAAAGCAUGUAUUCGAAUAGUCGCCAAACUUCCAAAUUCAACAUUGAAGAAUGCCGACGAAGUAAAUAGUCUAUCUGCCGCAGUUCAUAGCCUUCAAGAUUCUUUAACACACGAUCAUUUCGUUCUGCCGAGAUUCGAAUACGAAGAAUAUGCGAGUAUUGCGAAUGGUGAUGAUGAUGAUGAGUGGGAGCUUUCGAUGAUCGGAAUAGAUUUUAAGCCGCCGACGAGUUUAAUUUCGAUGGGAAGUGUUUAUUGA